UUAAGCUCAGCUUGCUGUGUAUCCAAAGUUCUCCGGCUCCACCCUCAGUCGCAGAUCAUCAACCUUCUAACCUGACUUGUUUUGCCACAGAGCUCCAAGAGAGAGAGAGAGAGAGAUGGAUUUCUGGCUGACAGUCCUAUGUGCCCUCCUGGCAGCCAUCCUAGGGGGGCUCUACCUGGCGGGGGCAUUCCGCAAGCGGAGAGCCAAUGAGCCCCCGCUGGACAAAGGCCUCAUUCCUUGGCUAGGGCAUGGUUUGAACUUCAGGAACGACAGUCUCAGUUUCCUGCAGGGGAUGCACAAGAAACACGGAGACAUUUUCACCGUGUUGAUCGCCGGACACUACUUCACCUUUCUGAUCGACCCGCUGUCUUUUGGAGCCGUGGUGAAAGAAGGAAGAGCCAAGCUGGAUUUUAUCACCUAUGCUGCUGAACUUGUCCGAAAUGUGUUUGCCUUUCGGCCUUCUGAAAAGACCCAUAAGGUAAUAGAGACAGCGAGUGUCAAGCACCUUAAAGGAGACGGGCUGGAGGUGAUGACCCAAGCCAUGAUGGACAGCUUGCAGAAGGUGAUGCUUCGCGACCUGGGCUCUGGAGAAAGUCCUAAACCUUGGAAAGAAGACGGGCUAUUCCACUUCUGCUACAAUACAGUCUUCAAGGCUGGAUAUUUCGCUUUGUAUGGAAACAAGACUGGUAAAGGGGAGAAGGAGAAAGAAAAUGCCUUGAAGCAAGACCUCAAGGAGUCUGAAGACAUCUUUAAGGAAUUCCGCAAGUAUGACCAGCUUUUCCCCCGCUUAGCCUAUUCGAUGUUGUCUUCUGGAGAAAAGAAAGAAGUCGAAGGUCUCUGGAACUACUUCUGGAACAUCCUCGCGGUGAAGAACGUCUACCAGAAAGACAACAUCAGUGGCUGGGUAAAUGACCAGCAGCAGCAGCUUGCUGAGUCUGGCAUGCCCGAGCACAUGCGGGAUCGGUUUAUGUUUUUGCUCCUUUGGGCAGCUCAAGGCAACACGGGCCCGGCUUCCUUCUGGCUCCUCACUCACCUUCUAAAGAAUCCCCAAGCCAUGGAAGAGGUGAGGAAAGAAGUGGCCACAGUGCUGAGGGAUUCUGGUCAGGAGCUGAAGCCGGGCAACGCUUUGCUUAAUGUGACUCGGGAGAUGCUAACCAAAACCCCAGUUUUGGACAGUGCCGUGAAAGAGGCCUUAAGGAUGGGAGCGGCUCCGAUGCUGAUCCGGGCCGUGCUGGAAGACAUGCAGCUCAAGAUGCACGACGAGAGGGUGUACUCCUUGCGCAAAGGGGACAAGAUCUCCAUCUUCCCCUAUUUGACCCACAUGGAUCCGGAAAUCCACCCCGAGCCCCAUCUUUACAAGUACGACCGCUUCCUCACCACGGAUGGCAACAAAAAGGAAUUCUAUAAGAACGGGGAAAAGUUGAAAUACGCCACCAUGCCAUGGGGCGCGGGGAUCUCCAUAUGCCCGGGGCGCUUCUUUGCGGUCAGUGAGAUCAAGCUCUUUGCCUUCCUCAUGGUCGCAUGUUUCGAGAUGGAGCUGGUGAACCCGCAAGACCACGUUCCUCCGAUAGACAAAAGGCGGUACGGGUUUGGCGUCAUGCAGCCCACGCAUGAUAUCCAGUUCAGGUAUCGGAUGCGCUAUUGAGUGGCACGGAACACAAGCCAGGAGUCAGAGACCUGUCUGUUUUUGGACCCAAAUAUUGUUGUAGGGACCUAACGUUUAAACAUUGAUUGUGUGUGUUUUUGUGGGUAGAAGAAAGCACUUGUUUAGGAAUGUUUCCUGGCACUGUAAGAUUGCAAAGGGAUCUUGUAGCACUUUAGAGACUAACUGAGACAACAAUCUUGGCAACCUAAGUUUGUAGACUAGGCAUGGGCAAAGUUGGGCCCUCCAAGUGUUUUGGACUCCAACUCCCAGCAUUCCUAA